AUGGCGGAGGAAAAAUGUAUUUUUAUUAUUCUACCUGAUGUCACUAAUAAUUUUAAAGAUGAUGAAGUUAUAGAAAAAUUAGAGGAAAAAAAUUUUAUAAUUUUAAAUAAAAAAAAAGUGCACUUAACAAAAUUUGAUAUAAAAGAAAUAUUUACUUACAAGCCUGAGCAAUACAAUAAUAUAGACGACUUCUAUGAAUAUAUAGAAAGCGGGUUGAGUGUUAUUUGUUUAAUAGAGAGCCGAAAUGGAGAAACACGGACAAAAUUAAGUCAUUUAGUAAAGAAUACAUCGAUAAUUAUAAAGGACGAAUCCUAUUUUGAAUGCUUAGAAUAUCAGUGCAAUUUACAAUGUAAAGACAUACCAUUUUAUUUCAGCAAAAAUGAAUGGUAUUUUAUUCGAGACAUUAAUUAUUUUUUCCCUCCACUCGAUAAAACUAAUUUGGAGAGAAAUUUAAUAAUAAUAAAACCUGAUGUUAUAGAAAAAAACAAAAUAAGUGAUGUAAUAAAUGACAUACUUAAUUUUAAUUUAUUAAUUGUUUCUGUAAAAAGAGAGAUCCUAUCUAUUGAGAAAGCAAAAAAUAUUUAUAAGGAAUUAGUGGAUAAGCCAUAUUAUAACAGUUUGGUAGAUUUCAUGACUUCAGACAAGGGAAUAGUUUGCCUUAUUAUAGAGGGGAUGAAUUGUAUAAGACGAUGUCGAAUAUUAUGUGGAGAAUCUUUGUCAAAAAUGGAUUUUGAAAAUAUUCCAAUUGAAUGUUUAAAAAGAAAAUAUGGCACUAACGAAAUUAUGAAUGGAGUGCAUAUUCCUGAUGAUUGUAAAAUAGGCAAAGAGAUAAAUAUGUUUUUUUCAAAAAGCCAAUUUAGAAAUGAAAAUGGAAUUCUAGUAAUAAAAAAAAGUAUAUUAAAUCCUAAGAAGUUAACAAUAUUGAGAAUGUAUUUAAAGAACUAUGGGUUUAACAUAUUAGAAGAAAAAAUAGUUCGAACUAGUAAAAAUAUUUUAAAUGAAUUAGAAAAAGAAGGAAUAAAUAAAAUAGUAAAUUGGGAUAAAGAAAAAUUUAUGAUAAUUAUAAUUUUAUCUAGAAUAAAUUGUAUUACUUGUUUAUUUUAUUUGAUGGGAUCAAAAAAUGUAAAUGAAUCCAAAAUAAAAAGACCAAAUAGUAUUAGAAGUAUAUUUUGUAUAAAUAAUGAUGAUAUUAUAUUAGUAAAAAAUAUAAAUAACAUAAAACUUUUAACAAAAAAAUAUUUUAAUAAUGGAAAAUAUAAUGAUAUAGUUACAAUGGAGCAAAUAAAUAAUUUUUUUUUUUGUAAAAAUUUUAAUUUUUUAAAAAAUGGACAUGAUAAUAUAAAGUUAAAGAAUAUUUUUAUUGAAUGUUUUCGAAAUUUAUGCCAAGAAAAACCAAAUGCCAAUGUUGCAAACUUGUGGAUAAGUCAAUGGAUAGACAAAUACAUGAAUUUAAAUUUAGAUAAUUCUGAUAAAAAUAUAAAACAUAAUAAUGAUAUAUGUUAUAGUAAUAAAUAUGAGGGAUAUACAUAUGGAGAUAUAGAAUCAAAAAGUGAAAAAAAAGAAAAAAAAAAUAUAAAAAUAAAUAAGAACUUUAUAAUAAUACCAAAUAUGAAUGAAGUGAAUGAAAUAGAAAUAAUAAAAUAUUUUGAAAAAUUAAAUUAUAUUAAUUUGAAUCUUAAUGAGUUAUGUAAUAAUGAAGAAAAAAAUAAUUCUUUACUUGGAAAAAAAAUUGAAUAUACAAAAAAAAAAUAUAAAAAUUUAACUGUCGAAUUAAUAAAGCGAAUUUUAAACGAAACUUUAGAAAAAAACAAAUUAUAUAAUAAAUAUAUUUUAACAAAUUUUUCACAUAUUAUUGACUUUUCAAAUUUAAUAAAAAGUGAUAUAAUUUCUGAUUCUUUUUGUCUACUUGUAAAUUUUAUGAAUGAAUCAGAUUUAACUAAAGAAAAAAAAAACCCGGAUUUAAAAAUAAAUUUUAAUAAAAAUAAUGAGUAUAAAGAUUUUCUUUUAUUUUUAAAAGACAAAGGAAUAAAUGGAAUUGGGGGAUUUAAUUGUAAUUCUAUAGGACAAGAAUUUUUAAAUAAAGGGAAAAUACUUAUAUAUAGAAAUAAAGAUAGUUAUUUUCAUGAAUUUAAAAAGAAAUUUCAAAAUAAUAUAAUAAUUUUUUUUGGUGUUAAAACAAAAAAAUUACAAAAUAUUAUUAAUUUUCUUAUUGAUAAUUAUAAUUAUGUUUUUGUAAAUCAUUUGUCUUUGUUAAAUAAUAAGAAUAGAUGCAUAAAAAAAAGAGAAAAUAAAGAAAAUCAUUAUGAUUUUACUAUUGAAGAAGACAUAAAUUUAGAUGCAAAUAAUGAUUUUUUAUAUGACAUAUAUUCCCCUGAUUGUUCAUCUCUUAUUUAUUCGAAUAUUAUUGAAAAAAUUAUUCAAUUACAAAAUAAUAAUUAUAAAAAUAUUAUUUUGUGUAACCCCCCAAUCAAUAAAAAAUAUAUUAACUUAGUUAUGAAAAAAACAAAUUCAAAUAUAAAAUACUUUUAUUUUGAAUGUAGCAUUGAUACACAUUUUAAGGAAAUAUAUACUAAAGGGAUAAAUAUUGAACAAUUUGAAGAAAUAAUAAGUGGAAAACCAAGUUUUUCUAAUAAUUAUAAAAUUAUACAAAAUCAUGAGUUUUAUCAAAAUGAAAUAAUCGAAAAAAUAAAAGAUAAUCCAUAUUUUUUUAAAUUCAAUUUGAAUGAAAAAGAAAAUGAUAUAGCACAAGAUUGUAGUAAUUAUUUAUAUAAUGUUUUUGAUAUUUUAAAAAAAAAAAUUAUAUUGAUAUGUAAUACAACAAAUAUAGAUGUUAAUUUUAUUGGAUUAUAUUUACAAUAUAAGUAUCCAGAUAUGAUGUUUUGUGAUAUAAAUAAUAUAAAUGAAAUUUCUUAUAAAAAUAAUAAUACAAGAAAAAUUAUAGACAAAGCUUUUUAUGAUUUAAGUUAUGAUAAUGAAGAAUAUGGGGAUAAAAUAUUAUUAAUAAAUAUAAUAAUAGAUAAGAUGUUAUAUUUUAUUUCACAAAGAAAUGCUAGUUAUUUCAUUUUUUCAGGAUUUCCUACUAAUCUAAAAUUAAAAGAUUUACAAAAAUUGAGUUUUUUUUUUGAAAUACAAUUGUGUAUAUUUAUAGGAAAUGAUAUUUCUUAUUUAUCAAAUUUAGAAUUUUCAAAAAGUGCCCAAACAUCUUUUAGUUCAAUUUUUUAUUAUUUCCAAACUAUGGGUUCACUUUUAAUAUUGGAUUUAAAAGAUGAAAAAUUUAAAACAAAUAAUAUUAGACAUAUUGAAUCAGAUUAUGUUAAUAUCGAAGAAAUAAAAAGUGAUAGUUGUUUGACUGAAAAGGCAAGUAAAAUCUUGGAAAUAAAUGAAGGAUCUAAAGAAAAAUGCAAUCCUGUGGGUUCAUUUUCAGAUGCAAAUUUUAUAAAUAUAGAAAAUGAGACUGAAAUUAAUGAUAAUGUAAAAAUCGAAAUUUUGAUGAAAAUAGAAAAAAAGAUAAAACCCAAAUUAAUCAUUUAUAAUUGUCCAGAUAAAUAUGAUUUAAAAAAAUAUUUAAAAGAAAAAAAUAAUCAAAAUCAAAAUAAAAAAUUUCAAUGUAUAUUUUAUGAUGAUAUUUUCAAAGAUAUACAUGCAUCUAUUGCAGAAAACGAAUCAGAAGAAUAUUUGAUAAAACUGUUAAAAAAAAAAAAAGAACAAAUAAAAACUGAAGUAUAUAUAAAAUAUUUAGAACACAAAUUAGGAAAUUCAACUAAUUAUUUAUUCUCAAAUAUAGUACUACUCAAUAUCCAAACCGAUGAACUGGAUAAUAAAGAAGCUGGACAGAAAUCGAACAGAAUCGAAGAAAUUUUCAAACUUGUUGAAUUAAAAAAAAUUAUACAUUUUAUUUAUUUCAAAAAAGUUGAGGAAUCUCAAAAAGGAGAAAACAUAAAUUUGUCAGUUUUAAAUGAUUAUAAAAUAGUAAAUUAUCAAAGUUUGAAUAACGAGACAGAUAAUAUAUCCAAUGAAAUGUCUAACAUGGAUAAUAAUAAUAAUAAUAUAAAAAAUGAAUUAGAAUUAGAAAAUAGUUUUAACUUUAAUAAUAUUAUAGAAUAUAAUGAAGAAAAAAAGGAACUUGAAAGUUUAUCAUAUAAAGAAAAGGAAACAAAAUCGAGUUUGGAAAAUAAACAAAUCGAUAGUGUAACAAAAAGUGAAGAAAAAUUGGAGGCAAACAAAAGUAGCGAAGAAUAUGAAUAUAAUAAAGAGUGUGAAUAUAAAAUAAAUUCACUUUUAAAUAAGUAUCCAGAUAUAGAAUAUAGUUGUUUAUAUUUAAACAGAAAUAUACCAAAUAAUUGUGAUAAUAUAUUUUGUCCUAAAAUUAUUAUUUUGUUUAUACCACAAAAUAUAUAUUUACAAUUUUAUAUAUCAUUUAUGAUAUGUUCAGUUUUAAAAAAUUUUAUUUCUAUUAAUAUUAAAAAUAUAUAUAUAGAGGAAUGUAUAAAGGAUAAAAUAAAAAAGGGAAUUAAAAAAGGAAGAAAACAAAAUGGAGAAAAUGAAAUUGUAAAUUUUAUAAAUAUAGAAAAACAAAGUUUGGAUAAUAAUACAAUACAAAAUUCAAAUGAUUCUAUAGAAAUGAAAAUAAUAUUUGAAACAAUAAUUAAUAAAAUAAAAAAUACAGAAAAUAAUAUAUUAUUAACGGGUUUUCCAAUUGUUCAAAAUAAAUAUAAUAUUGCUGAUUAUUUUUACCAACUUAGUUUUUUUAAAAAUUAUAAAAUAGAUGGAAUAAUUUCUUUUUAUUUUAACACCCCAUAUUUAGACAAAUUAAAUUGUGAUGAAAGUAUUUCCAUAGAUAAAUAUAAAUAUUUGACAGAAUUUAUUAAAAAGGAAUUUGGAUGCAAAAAUAAAUUAUAUUUGAAAACUAUAAAUGACAAAAAUGAUAUAAGUGAUGCUAUUGCAAACAUUUAUGAUAUGUUUCAGUUUCCAUGA